AGCCUGGGUUAAAAGCAGAGGGGAAGAAAAAGUAGGGGAAAGUAGGAGCAGUGGAACACUGUGUUGGAAAAUAUUCUACAACCCGGGAUUGGACAAGGAAGUCACGAUGAAGCUGUUUUGCCUGUUGCUGCUGCUGGCUAGUUACACUGCUGCCGUCCCUCUGGAGUCCUCAGGUAGAGAUGAGUACCCCACCCUGCCUUCCCAGGUCCUCACCACAGCACUGAGCCCAACUGAGGCAAAGUCUCGCUUUGCCAUGCUGGAUGACGUUCGUCUCCUCGCAAACGGCCUCCUUCAGCUAGGCCAGAGUUUACGUGAGUUUGUCCAUAAGACAAAGGGCCAAAUCAAUGACAUCUUCCAAAAGUUGAACAUUUUCGAUCGCUCUUUCUACCAGCUCUCGGUGGUCACGUCUGAGAUCAAGGAGGAAGAGGAAGAGCUGAAGAAGACCACAAAUUUCUUAAAGACCAACAAUGAGGAGAUCAGGAACCUGUCGCUGGAAAUCAACUCUAAGAUCAACGGCAUCCUUCAGGAGCGCACACAGCUACAGAGCAAGGUGGGGAGCCUCGAGGAGCGGCUGAAGGGACUGUCAGAGAGUAUUAUCCCUGCUGACCAGCUUAGUGAAAUCACAGCCCUCAAGGAAGUCAUUGAAUCUCAAGAGAAAACAAUCACCAGUCUGCUGAAAGCUGUGAAGGAGCAGCACGAUCAGCUUGACAAUCAGAAAACCAAGAUCAAAAACCUGGAGGAAAAGCUAAGCUAUGACAGCGUUCAAGAUACACUCGAUAAGCCAAUGGAUUCAGACCCUGCAGCUCCUGAUAUGUUUGAAUAUCUGACAGGAAACUCAACUGACCCGGACCUAAAUGACCUCGCCAUGGACUGCAGUGAGCUGUUUAACAAAGGAGAGGCAAACAGUGGAAUCUAUGUCAUCAAGCCAAAUCAAUCUGAGCCAUUCAACGUUUACUGUGAAAUGGGUUCAGAUGGUGGUUCAACUGUCAUCCAGCGCAGGGUCGAUGAUUCAGUGGAUUUUGACCAGACAUGGGACAAGUAUGAGAAAGGCUUUGGAAAUCUGGAAAAGGACUUCUGGUUGGGCUUAAAGAAGAUCCACAGCUUUACACAGCAGGGAGCUUACAUCCUGCGUAUUGAUUUGGAGGACUUUAAGGAGGGGAAGCACUGGGUGGAGUACACCUUCUCACUGGAGGGUCCCUCCAAGGCCUACACCCUUCAUGUCAGCCACUCCUCUGGUGACCUUCCUGAUGCCAUGGCCAACAGCACCGGCAUGAGAUUCUCCACAAAAGACAGAAAUGAUGACAACCACCAAAACUCAAACUGCCCUCGUUACACAGGUGGUUGGUGGUUCAAUGAUUGUGGAGAGAACAGCCUUAAUGGAAGGUAUUUGUGGUUGAGGACAAGAGGACGCUCAAUGAGAAGAAGGGGUAUUCACUGGAGGCCUGGCACAGGACCCUCGUAUUCCCUCAAGACGACCAAGAUCACCAUACGACCAGCCCCUACUGCUGAAAACUUCAACUGAACCCCACAAGUCAUACCUUCUCUUACACACCAGGGCAUUAUUCAAAAACACUGAUAAUAUCCAAUGCUCAGCCUAAAAGUUUCACAGAAGGAGAAAGUAAAGUAACACAGACAAAUUCCUAAGUUCAUCUACACCAUUUAGCUGAUUCCUUCCUAACAGCGUUUUGUCUGAGGCCAGUGCUGUACAACAAGUAACAAGCCAAAAAUGUCACAAAUGCUGAACUGUCGCCAUGAUGCAACAACGCCACGCGGGUCAUUAACCCACUGGGUUAAUGGGUCUGGCAAGGACAGUAGACUUGUCAUUAUGCAACAUCAGUGAUCACUUGCAAAAUGGACAUAUUGAUCCACAUCAGCAACCCAAUUAUGUGAAAGUGUUGCAUGUUCCCAGGGGCUAUGGGCAGAAAUACCAACAGGUUAUUAUAUAAAGCAUGCAAAUUAUAUAAGUCAGGGGUCAAGAGAAACACUGCAUCUCCAACAUCUCAACAAGUGUCAAUAAUGGUAUUUUUUUUCCCAGCGAAGGUCAUUUUUAUCCUGGUAUUUUAUUCUUGUCCAUACCCAGUUUAAUGUAAAUCAGUCUUUAUAGUGUGGACAAUGUCAGCAGUCAAACAUUUGGCAGCACACUGGUGAAGUUUUUCCCUUUGUUUGUUCUAUGUUUUUUUACUCUGUAAAGUAUUUAAACCAUGUUCAUGCUAUUGUAAGAUCUAUGCUUGUAUUGUUAGAAAAAAAAUAAUUUCCAUAUAUUUCUUAUGUUAUUGAGUCAUAUUGACUCUUGUCCAUUAUUACAACAUUACUAACUUUAUUGUAAUGUGCAUAAUACUAACACGUCACCCUGACAAGUAGCUAUGUGCUCUGAUAAAUCAUAUUUAUGAAGACAAAAUAAAAAUCUUG